AUGGCAGGGGCGGCCCGGCGACUCAAUGCUCUCCUGUGGAUUUUGGCUGCUCUGGAAGUCCUGGCCGCUGCUGAGCCGGCAGAUUCGGAGCUGGAAGCCAAGGGCCGGCAACUUGCGGUCGUGAGGGAUGUGGAUCUGCCUUCCUUGCUUGAUCCUCACUGCGCUGCUAACUACUGCUCAGUCAGCCACACGCCGAAAGACAUCCUGGGGUUGGCGCCCCGACCCCAUUUCCGACGUGAGUUUUUGGAACAGCCCACCCUGUGGGUGGGCGACGCACCGGCCGAUCCCCCCGCUUUGAGCCCGCACAUUGAGGUGAUGGUCGACUUCCUCAUGACGCCUGUGAUUGCCGCCGUUUCUUCGAACUUGCGCAAUGGAGGAUUUCCGGCCCUUUUGAACUACAUGGAAGUGAACGCCGACGACUUGCCGCCAUCCUUCUCGAUCAUCUUGCGCAACAUUGCAGGAACUACAUCCACUCUUCCCAUUGCUUACAACGGUAAAGUGGAUGUGUAUGAUUCGAAGAGGCAUCCACCGCCAGCUGCGUACACUGUUCAUCCAUCUCCUCUUCCCUAUUUGCCUGGUGAGGCCUUUCCACCUUUGCUCUGCUACGGUCUCGUGUCCGUAUGCCCGACCUGUUCCGGCAACGCACCAACCCGAGCUGAUGUCUUGGCCCUCGCCAAUGCCAUUUCUCGAGAGUCAUUGGAUUUGUCAAGCAUCCAGGUCAACGUCUAUUUGAAGCGCUACGAUCCGGCCACUGUCUGGUAUGUGGCACCACGCGGUCCAGCACCCUCUCCGUUUGCCACGAUUAGGACCGCGAUCGGAGGCUUCCGCUGGCUGGACGAUCUCUCGUGUUCGAACGUUUCGGAAGUGAACGAAGAUUCGCUCAUCUCAGAUGAGAGGCCAUUGCGCGAGACUGAGCUGUGGUACAUGUUCAACCAGUACGGGCUUGAAGCCAUCAACACUGACCCGGCCAACCUCUCGAUCUCGGAUGCCUCUUCUGCUUCCUCGUCCCACGACAACUACACGGGAGAUGAACACUCCCUUGAUGGACCGAGAGGGAGUCAACAGAAGACGGUUGAAGACCCCUACCAGGCGACGCAGAACGCCAUCUCGGUCUGCUCGCUCUGCAAGGGAACCUCUGGCAAACGGAACGGGUGGACUUGUCGGCGAUGGCCAAGAACAAGCACCGUGGAGGGGACCGACACUGCCGGACAUCCCCUCAACAGAAGCCUAUGCCUAAGAAGCCUCUUCCUCGACCUGGGCGACCUGCACCUCCGGAUGUUCCUGCAGGCCCGGCUCCUACGACUUCCGCGGCGUCUACGGGAUCUCCUGCUGCAGGCGAAGAGGCCCUAA